CUAUUGACUGUGCAAAGGUACGAGUACGUCAAAAAUUUCGAGCAGCCAGACGUCUUGCUCCCGAAUACGUGGAUCGUGGUCCGCAUUGACGGAAGAGGAUUUCAUAAGCUGUCGGAUCACUAUGCUUUUGUCAAGCCAAAUGACCGGCGCGCACUCGAUCUCAUGAAUGCUGCCGCAGUCGAGGUCAUGAAAGAACUUCCCGAUCUAUGCAUUGCCUAUGGCGUCAGUGACGAGUACAGCUUCGUCUUCCACCCAAAUUGCCAGCUUUUUGAGAGGCGGAAUGCAAAACUUGUCACAACCAUUGUGUCGACAUUCACUGCCCACUAUAUCUAUCUAUGGUCGACAUAUUUCCCUUCGACACCUCUUCGACCACCAUAUUUGCCUACUUUUGAUGGACGAGCAGUCAUCUAUCCUUCGACGCGGAUCCUGAGGGAUUACAUGAGCUGGCGACAGGUCGAUUGCCACAUCAACAAUCUCUACAACACAACAUUUUGGGCAAUGGUCCAGCAAGGGGGGAUGGGCAAUACUGAGGCAGAACAAGAGUUGAAGGGCACUGUGUCUUCCGACAAAAACGAGAUCCUCUUCAAGCGCUUUGGCAUCAAUUACAAUAACGAAGAGGAAGCGUAUAAGAAGGGAAGUGUACUCUAUCGCCAGUACGAGCUUCAAGAAUUGAAGUCGACGCAAGCAUCCACGGAAGACGACAUCUUGGUUCCAGAGGCGGAACAGUCACGCUCACAGCAGGACAAACUCAAGAAACUUCGCCGGAAGGCACAGGUGGUGGUGGACCACAUCGAUAUCAUCAAAGAUGACUUCUGGGAGAGACGCCCGUGGAUACUGUCGGGUAAACCUGGGAAGCUGCCUACGCAGAGCUGA